AUGGAGGACUUGGAGGGGAGGCCGCUGCUGCUGGGUGAGAGCCUCGGUUCCCGCUUCUCCCGCUUUUAUGCCCUGUGGGGCCGCACCCUGACCGCCUCGCUGGCCGUGGCUCUCGCCGUCGCCCUGGUGCUGGUGGUCGUGUUCGUCUCCCUCUACGCCGCCGAGGUGAAUGACAAGACCAGCGACUCGUCGGGUGGUGGCGAUAGCGGGUUUGUGACCAGCUGCGUGGCGCCGUUCGAGCCGCCCACGGAGGCCUGGCUGGCGACGAUGCGGCAGGGCCUGCGGCAGCGGCUGCUGAGCCCGGCCGUGUGGCAGGACGAGGCCGGCGGCGGGGCCGACGGGCUGCUGCUGCUCGUAGGGCUGGACCUGACCUACCGCAACGACGUCGAGCUCGAGUUCUACCAGGAGACCUCGUUCCUGUACCUCACCGGGGUCGACGAGCCCGGCUACUCGGUGCUGAUCGACAUCGCCUCGGGCCGCACCACGCUCUUCAUGCCCGCGCGCGACAGCACCUACGCCAUCUGGAACGGCAAAGUCCUCCAGCCGGCGGAAGUCAAGGCCAAGUAUGGAGUCGACGAAGUGCUUUAUGCGCCCCAGCUUGCGGCUGCGCUGUACAACCGAACGAACCAAGCCGCUCUCCCAGUCUAUACUCUCGUCGCAACGGCCGGACAGAGAUUCCUGACCAACUACACCGUCGACAACUCGACGCUGAUCAAGGCGCUCAACUUUGUCCGGCCCGUCAAAUCGGCGGAGGAGAUCGAGCUCAUCCGCAUCGCUACCGACGUGAGUGCAGCGGCGCACGUCCACCUGAUGAAGUCGAUCAAGCCGGGCGCCUUCGAAUACAACAUGGACGGCCUCUUCAUUAAUCUGUGCUACGCUUGCGGGCUGGCGCACCAGAGCUACCGGCCCAUCGCGGGCGCGGGCGAGGCCAGCGCCAUCCUCCACUACACCGACAACAACGCGGUCAUGCAGAACGGGCAGAUCUUCCUGGUCGACGCGGGCGGCCAGUACCUGGGCUACACCACCGACAUCACCCGGUCGUACCCGGUGAACGGCGAGUGGACCGAGGACCAGGUGCUGGUGUACGAGCUGGUGCUGGACCUGCAGACCAAGGGCAUUUCGAUGAUGCAGCCCGCGGCGGACUACCCGACGCUGUCGGCCGAGCUGCGGAGCUACUAUAACAGGCUCCUGCUGAAGGCCGGCUUCGUGCAGGGAGAAUUGAGCGGCCUCGAUGCCAAUUCCAUCUCCACCUACUUCUGUCCCCACGGCUUCGUUCAUCACGUCGGUCUGGACGUACACGACCCAGGCACCAUUGGCGUACUGAAGCCGGGCUACACUCUCACCAUGGAGCCGGGCCUCUACUUCAUGGACGCGCUGUUGCGACCAGCGCUGAACAACAGCAAACUGGCGCCGUACCUGGUGAAGGACAAGAUACUGCAUUUCCUCGACACCAAGUUUGGCGGGGUGCGCAUCGAAGACGUGGUCCUCAUCACCGCGCAGGGCAACCGGGUCCUCUCCGCCGGUGUGCCCAAGUCCGUCGCCGCCAUCCAGCGGCUCAUGCAACCCCAACACUGA